AUGGGAAACCACACCAGAUAUGAUGGCUUCAUCCUGUUGGGUUUUCUGAUGGAACGUGAGGCAGAGAUUCUGCUGGCAACAGUUCUCACAGUUGUGUACGUCUUGACACUGUUGGGUAACAUGACUAUUCUUUUCAUCACCUCUACCAAUAGUCGCCUCCACACACCCAUGUAUUUCUUCCUUGCAAACCUCUCCAUCCUGGACCUGGCUUUUUCAACAGUGACUGUUCCUUGUUUGCUAAGGAGCCUCCUCUCUGGAGUCAAGGCUAUCUCCUUUGCUGGCUGUAUGGCCCAGUCUUACUUCUAUUUCUUUCUGGGUACAGUGGAGUACUUCCUCUUGACCUCAAUGUCCUAUGACCGAUAUGUGGCCAUAUGCAACCCAUUACGCUAUCCCAUCAUCAUGAAUGGCCAGGUUUGUGUCCAAGUGAUGGUGGUCUGCUGGCUGGGUGGGUUUGCCUCCGUUCUCUAUCCAACCAUCAUGAUCACCAGGUUCUCUUACUGCAAGUCCAAUGUCAUCGAUCACUUUUUCUGUGACAGUGAGCCUCUACUGAGACUAUCCUGCACUGGCACAGGCUUGAUACAGAUCAUCACUUUUAUGCUGUCAUCAGUUGUCAUCCUCUGCUCCUCAGCCUUGACUAUCAUCUCCUACGCGUACAUUGUCUCUGCCAUAUUGGUCAUACCUACCGACUCGGGGAGGAAGAAGGCCUUCAACACAUGUGUCUCUCAUCUCACCUUGUUCCUAAUGGCCACAAGUGUCUCCAUCUUACUGUAUGUGAUCCCAUCGAAGAAAUCCACUUUGGGGGCUCGCAAGGUCCCAGCGUUACUCAGCAGUAUAAUCAACCCAUUUCUGAGUCCCUUUGUGUAUACACUGAGAAAUGAUUUGGUCAAGGGCAUCUUGCAAGGGAUUUUUGCCCAGGGCAAAGCCAUGGUGACUCAGAAGCUGCAGAAGCUGCUUAUGAAUCAUGCAGCUGGACCUCUCCACUGA